AUGCUGGCCGACAGGUCGGCAGCCCCAGCCCGUGCGGUCGUGUUGACGCGGCCCUGGAAGGACGCCAAGGCGAAGUACCCGAAGAAGGCUGGCGAGACGGUCAAGGCGUACGAUGCCCGCCUGCGGAGCCUCGUGCCGACGCUGCGCGCAGCGGCCGAUGGCCUAGUCGGCGCGGCCGAGGCCCCUCCGAGCCCCCCUCCAGGCGAGGACUCGUUCACCACUUCGGACUUCCAUGACUGGCAGCGCGUGGUCACGGUCGGCUUUGGGUCGAGCCUCACUGCCGUGGACUUGUCGGUCACGCUGCUGGGCCUUACCAUCACGGACCCUGGGGGUCUGGGCGCCUUCGCUAGGGAGUUCACGAUGCGUACGUCCACAAGGUCCGUCAUGGUGGAGUGCUGGCUUUACAUGGAGGUGCUCGGCCUGAACCGCAUGUACUGCGGGCGGGCGACCGCCACCUGGCAGCACGAGGGGUCCCUCACGCUGGCGCAGCGGCAGGCCAUGGCGCACCUCCUGUCGCGGGCCGAGGUCUUUGCGGAGGACCCCUUCGCGAGCGUGGAGGUGCCCGCGCUGUCGUCCGCCCUCCAGCACGCGGCCAUCGACUACAGCGGGGAGCCCACGGUCAAGGCACUCCCGUGCGUGCUCGCGGAGCUGAAGCCGGGCCUGCCGCAGCCCGAGCACGCAGGCGCCUUGGACGCGUGCGAGUUCGUGGAUGCGGACAUCGGCGCCUGGCUGAACGACCCCUCGGUGGCGCUGAAGCCCGAGGCCGAGUGGCCCAACCCGCUCCCGAGGGCGCGGGUCAACGUCAUCUCUGACAGCGACUGGGAGGCCCUCGCGGUGCACUUGGUGAAGUUGGGCAUCUUUACGGUGCUUGAGCCGCAUGAGGUGUUCCAGGUGCGGGGCGCUCCGCUCCUCAACGGCCUCUUCGCAGUCGAGAAGAAGGGAGCGCCUGGGCCAGGGGCCGAGCGGGUCACCAGGCUCAUCCUGAACAUGGUCCCAGGCAACUCGCUCCUCAAGCCGUUCGUCGGUGAGGCGUCUACACUCGCGGCGUCGACGGGCUGGACGACCCUUCACCUGCCCGAGGGCUCCCUGCUGCUGUGGUCUGGCGAUGACCAGAAGGGGGCCUUCUUUGUGUGGCGGAUCCCGCGCUGCUGGCAUGCUCACAUGGCGGUGGGCAAGGCGCUGCGCGGCGACCUGUUUGGGCGCGCGGGGCCGCGGGUCUUCGUCGCCUCAGCUGUCAUCUCGAUGGGUUGGAUGCUCGCCGUGCCGCUGUUCCAGCACAUACAUCGGCGAUUGUGUCGGCUUCCGCCCCCGCUUGGAGCGGGCCUACCGCCAGAGGCAGAGUGGCGGAAGGACACGGUGCGGCCGCUCGCUUUUGCUAAGCAGGGUCCCGUCCUUGCAUCUUGGUGGCAGGUAUACAUCGACGACUUCGACGCCCCCGAGAUCAUCGAGGAGGCCGCGGCGCUAGAGCUUCUUGGUAGCCAGGCAGAGUUGCAGGCCGCGGCCCGUGCCAGCUACGGGCGUGCGCACGUGGCGAUCUCCUCCGACAAGGCGCACCUCCGCCAGCUUCGCGUUGAGAGGAUGGGGGCUUCCGUUGACGGCGUCACGGGGCGGAUCGGGGCCCCCCUCAGCAAGGCGUUGUCCGCCUGCGGUCUCGCCAUCGCGACGCUCGGCCUGGACUUGGUCCCGUGGAGGCUGGCCAUGACUGUGCUCGGCCGCCUUGUCAGGGUUUUCGAGUUCCGACGGCCCUUGCUCAGCAUCUUGAAUGCAGUGUGGAGGCUUUCAGAGCCGCGGGCGCAGGUCUACCUGACGCGGGAGAUGAGGGAGGAGCUGAUGACGGCGCUCCUCGUGGUCCCGCUCGCCGCUACUUCGUUGAGGAGCCGCCUCGAAGGGAUGGCGUCGUGUUCAGACGCGUCCGAGUUCGGGGGCGGAGUCUGCGUGUCGACGGGCCUCCAUGAGCAGGCGGAGGCGACCAUCCUCGCCGCCGGCGAGCCUGGCGCUCAGCUGGGCGCGGGGGCGAGGGUCCUCGGCCUGCCAGUCGAUCCGCGGGCGCCCUGGACUCGCAGCAAUCCGCGGAUCCCACGGGCCAUCGUCGCCCGAGUCCUCAGGGUCCUCUGCAUCGGGCUGUUCGACGGCAUCGGCGGGUUGGCGGUCGCGCUCUCGCGCCUGCCCGUGCGCAUCGUCGGGUACGUGAGCGCCGAGACGGACGCCAAGGCCAGGAGGGUCGUACGGCUCAGGUGGCCAGGCGCCAUCGACUGGGGGGACGUCAGGACCGUGACCGCCCAGACGGUGGAGGAUUUGAGGAUCGCCUACCAGUCCGAGGUCGACCUUGUGGUCGCGGGCGCAGGCAGCCCGUGCCAGGGGCUCACGGGGCUAAACGCUGCUGGGCGAGGCCUGGCCGACCCGAAGUCUUCGGUCUUCUUCGAGGUGCCGCGCAUCUUCGGGCUGCUGUCAGACGCUUUCGGGGCGAGUUUCAGGUGGUUCGUGGAGAACGUCGCGGGCAUGACGUCCAGCAGCCUGCGUGGCAUGAGCCAGGCCCUCGGCGUCAAGCCCGUGUUUCUGUGUACCUCGGCCCUGGUGCCCUGCAGGAGGCCGCGGCUGUAUUGGCUGAGCUGGAGCGUCCGCCCGACCCCGCCGCUGGUCCUCCAGGAGCGCGAGGAUAUGUUCGUCGUCAGCUGCAGUGAGCCGCCCCUGUUGAAUUUCGAUUGGCGGGAUCCUGGCGCGCGCUGGCUGGGCGAGCCUGGGCCUUACCCCACCCUCGUGUGCAGCAGGCCUCAGCGAGGCUACCCUUCAGCGCCGCGCGGGGUGAAGAGUGCUUCGCCCGAGGCGCUCGCUCGCUGGCAGUCGGAUUCGUAUCGCUACCAUGUUGCGCUCUACGAAGAGAAAAACCUCUUGCAGGACAGCGACGGAUCCUUGCGAGUCCCUUCGAGCUCCGAGCGGGAGAGGAUGAUGGGAUUCGACGUGCGUUACACGGCUGUAGCCACGAAGGGCUCGAACCAGCAGGAUAGCGACGACGCCAGGUCCUUCCUACUGGGCAACAGCUUCAAUGUGUUCUCGGUCGCUUGGCUGCUGCAGUGGCUCUUGCUGAACCUGGGAGCUGUGACGCGCCCACUGUCCAUGCAGGAGCUGGGGCACGUCGGCGAAUGCACGCCGUCGUGGGACGAAGCGGGCUGCUUCGAGAGCGACGCGGGGGAGCCAGAGACCGAAGCCAGCCGUCUCUUGCUCCUCAGCUACCUCGCCAGGUCCGAGAAGGGCGGGAGCGAUGUGCGUCUCGACGUGAACCUGCCGUACCGACCGAAGGGGUGGCCCAGAUCGUCGCUGGACCCGUUCGUGUGGAAGUGGCGAGUCGUGCUGAGCAUAGCUUGGCCCAAGCGGCAGCAGGCGCACAUCAACGUCAGGGAGCUGCAGGCCGCGCUCGCGGCGCUUCGGUGGCGGGCUCGCGCCGCUCGCCGCCACUGCAGCCGCUGGCUCCACCUCGUGGACAGCCAGGUCGUCGCGGCCAUCAUCACGAAGGGCCGGAGCAGCAGCGCUCGCUUGCAGCCGAUGCUCCGGCGCUGGGCAGCGGUCGCGGUCGCGGCCGACAUGUACCCGCUGAUCGGGUACAUCGUGUCAGAGAACAAACCGGCCGACGAGCCAUCGAGAAAGCUGUGGCGGUAUGCCGUUGCGGUCCGCAGGCUCUUGCAGUACUACGGCGCUGAGGAGAGUGGCACGACUGCGCUCGCACUGGCCAUGGACGAUGCGGACGGCUUGGUCGCUAGCUUCCUUGAGAGGCUCUGGGCUGAGGGCGCUGGCAUUGCAGCUGCGAGCAACACCAUCGCGGGCGUGGCCUUUUUCUGCCCGUCUUUGCGCAGGAAGCUCGACUUGUCCUGGUCACUCCUGCGGACGUGGCGCCGCCAAGAGCCUGCGGCGCGCGUCCUCCCGCUGACCGCAGAGCUGGUCGGCGGCAUGGCGGGCUACGCCAUCGCAGCAGGCGCCUUUGAUUUCGCCUGCCUUCUUCUCGUCAGCUUUGAAGCGAUGCUGCGAGGAGGGGAAGCUUUCAGCCUCACUGCAGGCGACGUUCAUGAUCGUGCAUCGUGUAUGGUCAUCCGCAUUGGCAGCAGUAAGACCACGGCGGGCAAGGAUGCAGCUGAGGCCGUGGUGGUGCGGUCUAAGGCCUGUGUGCGGCUGCUGCGACUGGUCGUGGCCCAUCUCGCGCCUUCAGACAGGCUUUCGCCCAGGUCGCCGAACCAGCUGAGGGCAGGAUUGCAGCGCUUGGCCGAAGCGCUCGGCUUUCGAGGCCUCUUCAGCUGGCACAGUUGCCGACGAGGCGGAGCAAGUGACUUUUUCUGCCGCUCCGGCUCGAUGGAGCAGACACUCGUCAAAGGUGCGCCGCCAGAGGUGUCGCAGCUGUCCAAAUCGUGGCUCGGCUCCCGGCUUCGGGGCGAGGGCGGGCUCGACUCUGAGAUGCCGGCGCUGGCCCGCGGGCAGCCUGCGACGCCGAGGUCCAGGAGGCCCCCCGAGAGCGAGCCGCUGGUGUUCGACAGGCCCCCGCCGGCCGCGAGCCUCUGCGAGCCGCUGGUGUUCGACAGGGCGCCGCCGGCGCCGCGCCCGCCGAG